CAGCAGCUGUACUCGAUGUGUAAGAGCAUGCAGACUCGAGUGGUGGAGCUCAUCCCCCAGCUGCUGGAUGAAGGCUUUAUUGAGGAGCUGUUAGUGGUCAACGAUGACCUCAACAACGCCUUCAUCCGCUAUGAGAGGUUUGACAGACUGAACAAGGCACAAAUUCCAAAUACUCAACAGAGCUCUACCACGAGCCCGAGCCUCAUUGACCUCAGCCCCGAGUCUUCAACGCUCAACCAACCUGCCGUCAUCACAACAACCAGCCAACCAGCAGUCAGCACUCAAGCCAAUCAGCAACAAUCAGCCAACCGCAAAGAGGAGGAAGAGUUUGACAUGUUUGCCCAGACGAGAGGCAGCUCCCUGGCUGAGCAGAGGAAAAGUGUCAGGUACGAGGACCCUGGAGCUGUAGAGGGCCUUGCUGGAGCUCUGGAUACCAGGUUGCAGGUCACAGGAGGGAUGCCUACAACGAAAAACUCUCAGCAGAAUGAUGUUGACAAGUGGUUAUCGUGUGAUAUGCAAGACCAGUCUUCAGUUAGCGAGGGAGUGUCCAGUGAAGAUUUUGAUAAGUUUCUGGAAGAUCGGGCGAAGGCGUCAGACCAAAGCAGCCAGGCAGUUCGCAGCGUGCCGCCCUCCACGUCCAGACCGCCGCCACAAUCUACCCGGCAACAGGACAGAUCACAUGACCAACUUUUUUCACUUUGAGUUUGUGGACAAACGAGAGACGUGGGUGGAUGUAAAAGUCGACAUAUACACGCCAGCAUAUUAAAAUCUACCUACAAUCACACACAUACUGUGUUGAAGGGAGACUUUGUUGGGUUUUUUUUUUAACCUGGACCCUAUUUUUUCAUGUUUUUGUGUCUAAGUGACUGAUAGAAACAACAAUUUUUGAAACUGGUAAUAACCGCCACGGGCAGUUUUGCACAAUCAAUUAACAUCAAUUAAAAGUCCUAUUUUAAGUAACUUCCAUAUUCGAGUUCUUGCAAUAAAUUCUAGAUUACUUGAGUAUUUGCAAAGAAAUAAAAAUCUAUAAAGAGUAGGGAUGUAAAUUGGCUAAAAUUCAGAACCUAACAAGAAAAAUCAGCAAACUGUCGCUGCCACACAAGUUAAACGCAGCACUGAAGGACUGUCUCUGAGCCGCUCUCCUCUCUGUAGGUAUUAUAUUGCAGCCAGAUAUGCUCCUAAAGCUGCAGCGCUCUCUCUCAAUACUGGACGAACGUCAAAAAUUGCUGUCUUCAUUUGUCACUAAGACACAAAAACAUAACAUUAUAGCAUCCAGGUUCAAAAAUACUGAAGUUUCCGUUUAAGUCAGGUUUUUUUCUGAAAUCACACACACAAUACAACCUGACACUACAGAGCUGCUGCCUAAUCAACUCAUUGCAUAACUGCAGUAUUCCUUCAAUAAUUCCUGCUGUUUGUAAUCUUUAUGUAAGUAUAAAUAACUUUAUGCGACUGUAUUUAUGUAACGUAUUCUUAUAAUGUUCAUGUAAACAAAAAUAUAUUAGAGCAAGUGUUUACAGUUAAGUACAAAGUAAAAAAAAAUAUAUUUGAUAUAACGCCAUCAUGUGCCUUUGACCCAGACAGCUGAUUUUGUGUAGAGGAGAAUAAAAAGGGGUAAUUGUCCUGCAAACA